AUGCUAAAGCUACUAGCUACUGCCUUAGCUAUGGCUAUGGUAUUGUCAUCACCAGUCAUUCAAAACAAUUACGGUAACGGUUGCAGUGUUACAGUAAGUUUACAAGUUGAAAAGGCGUUUUAGCAACGGAAUGUGGGUGUUAAUCUCAGAUGUCAUUGUAGAAUGACAUGGUACACGAGUGUGAUGGCACGUCAAGACGGAUAACAGCGGCCGAGAAACGGGACAUGGAGGAGUGGAACGUGCAAUUCCAGAAGUACAUGCAGAAUCAAGUAAGCCCUAGGCUAGUUUAGCUUUGUCCCUAGCCUUGCCCUGACCUUGCCCUGGCCAUGCCGUGGCCUUGUCCUGGCCUUGCCCUGGCCAUGCCGUGGCCUUGCCCUGGUCUUGCCCUGACCUUGCCCUGGCCUUGCCGUGGCCUUGUUCUGGCCUUGCUCUGGCCUUGCCUUGGCCAUGCCGUGGCCUUGUCCUGGCCUUGCCCUGGCCAUGCCCUGGCCUUGCCCUGGUCUUGCCCUGGCCUUGCCCUGACCUUGUCCUGGCCUUGCAUUGGCUUUGGUUGGAAAACGGGAAGUUUGGAAAUCGAACUCAUUUUAGGUUGGCCCGUUUCUAAAAAUCAAAACCUGAUCCGGCCUAAAAAGCCCGGCCCUUCACGUGAAAACAAAUCGGCCGGUCCAGACCGGCCUGAGGUAACAUGAGAACAGGACGGACCUAAACCUUAACCCCGACCUUUAGACCGGACUUAAAAAGUGGGUCCGGCCGGUUUCUGACCCAUAGCCCCGGUCUUGUGCUUGCCUUGGUCUGAGACUUGCCCUGGACUAGGGCCUGCUUUGGCCUUGCUUUUAGACUGUUCCUGGUCUUGCCUUGGUCUAAUACUUGCUCUUGCCUUAAACUUUCCAUUGCUUGUCUUUGCCCUAGCCCUGGCCUUGCCCCUACCCAACAUCACCUUACCUUACCUUACCUUACCUUACCCAACCAUACCCUACUACAGAAAAUUUUUUUCAGUUUCCACCAGGCUUUCCCUUCGUCCAAGCCCAACCACAAGGUCCGCCACCUCAAAUGAAAUCCCCGUGCAAGGUGGUUUGUACCACCAAUUACUACACUUCCAUACAAACUUCAACCUAA